AUGCAGAGGAUGUUCAAGACAACAAAAGCCAUUGCCUUACUGAAUGGAAGGAGCCUUUCAAAUCCGCAACCCCACCUCCACUGUCGAGCGCUGUUAACCCACCAACUUGGUCCUGGACUUCUGCCACUACCAUACAUGGUUGUGGAGGAGUUUCGCGUUAACCUCACCAGAGAUGAAAAAGAUCUUGUGUCCAAUCCAGAGAGAUGGUUCUGCAAGCUUCCAGGAUCAGCUGCUUCAUUCAUUGACGCACUGGAAAGCUGGAGCAAGCAUCACAUAGAAGUUAUUAAGCAGAGAGGAAGAGCUGGCAGUGCGUGGCAGCAGCCUCCAUUAUGCAUCUUCUGCUUUGACGAAGACUCAGAUACCAACGAAUUAUGUGGUCGUCUUCGUUGGUGUCCAGAAAUCCCUUUGUUUUUUGCUGUACAUGAACUUUGUGCUCUUAUGACUCCGGAAAUCCUGACUAUUGAUAAUCCGACGCCACUUGGAAAGGAGCUUUUCGAGACAGAUAUAAACCAAUUGCACCGAGCAUAUGUUCGAGGAAGGACAUUGCAAUGUUUUUGCCUUUUUGCAUAUGGGCACUAUCAUGCCCUACAGAUGCCAUGCUGUGUGUAUUUUGCUUCCCCCAUACCGUUGCAGAAGCUAUGUGAAGUGUUUUUCCACAUUUAUCAUCUGAAAUUGACUUGUGAUUUUGACGCACUUUUCUGUUUUCAGAUCUGUAGUGUCUGUAACGAAAGAGGAGCAGGUAUUGGCUGUUGCUCUUCUGCCUGCCGGCGCGUUUUUCAUCUUCCAUGUGCGAUCCGCUCCAUGUGCUUUCUGGAUUAUGAAGAGUAUAGAUCUGUAGUGUCUGUAACGAAAGAGGAGCAGGUAUUGGCUGUUGCUCUUCUGCCUGCCGGCGCGUUUUUCAUCUUCCAUGUGCGAUCCGCUCCAUGUGCUUUCUGGAUUAUGAAGAGUAUAGGAAUUAUUCUCAUUGCUGUACUCAUGCCAAAUCGCGCAUUUCAGAAAAACAAAGACGAUUUGUGCUGCCUCUGCAUGGACAAAGUUGAGCCGAACAUAAUUAUGCAUUCUGUCAUCAAGACGGAUUGCUGUGGACCACGUUUCUACCACUUCGACUGUAUGCUG